AUGGGUUUCCAUAAUUCUGUUCCCGAAUCGCAGUUCGAUAGGUUUAUCCCCAAUCGAUCAGCUACGAAUUUUGAUCUUGCUCGGACUGUGCUUACUGGAAGAAAAAGCAAAAUUGAAAGCAUUUCACCAUGCCCUCCAUCGAAAGCAGCUUACAGGAAGCUACUUGCGGAUACAUUUAAUAUGAACAACCCAAAAAUCCUAGCUUUUAAUAAUAGUAAGCUAGAUCCUCCACUGACAAGACUCAUCGAGGAAGAUUUAUCACCUGUUAGGAAGCCCAAAUCAGUCAGGACAAUGAGUAAAAUUCCAAAAUCAGCUGCAUCGGUAUGGGAUGCUCCUGGUAUAGGAGAUGAUUUUUACUCACAGUUGAUCGAUUGGAGCAUUGACAAUGUGAUUGCUAUUGCUCUGGGAAAUACAGUGUAUCUAUUGAAUCUUUAUUGCAAUUCUGUAACAAAGUUGGCUGACUUUGAAGAGGAGGUUGGACCUGUAAAGAGUGUCAGCUGGGCACCAUAUGGGAAAUAUGUUGCUAUUGGUCUGAAAAGAUCAUUAGUACAAUUGUGUGACGCCGAAUCAUGUCGGUUGGUGAGGACUCUCCGAGAAGGAAACCGGAAAAGAGUUUGUUCUCUUGAUUGGAAUCAUCACAUUUUGACAUCAGGUGGAAGUGAUCAUUUGAUUGUAAACAGUGAUUCCAGAAUGAAAUCUGACAUCGUUGCAACUUACAGAGGGCAUAAGGAGAAGGUUCUGAUGCCACAAAUCAAUGGGUUCACCGUCUUGAAGACCAUACGGCUGCAGUCAGAGCACUGGUCUGGUGCCCUUUCCAAAGUCAUCUUCGUUGAUCUGGAAUAG